GUGUAAAAUGGAGAGGUGUGCGCACAAACACGGUCAAUAAUGGAAGAAGAGAAGGAAAAGACAUCCACCUUUUGUCUGCGCGCGCGCUUCCUCCCUCCCGUCGGCUCGGAGGUGAACCCAGCUCCGGCGACUCCUUUUGUGUUGCUGAUGCUGCGGGUGCCCGACGCGCGGAGACACGCACAGAGCGACGGCCCCGCACAGCUGCACGCGUGCGAGACGGAGGAGGGCGGGAGGAGGGAGGGUGUGGCAGCCAAGAUGCGAGCACUUCUAACAGGAAGCAGUUUGACAGCCUCGCGCGGAUUGAUCUCUUUUGAACUUGUAGCAUGGGGACGUGGUAGUUACUUUGUAAGUCACCAGAGCGGAUCGAUAAAAGCUGCUGGCGGGGCUCGAACCAUGCCUCCACACAGACAGGACUUCGGGCUGAACCGGCCGGAGGGAGGCCGCCGCGGCUUGGCCAUCAACUUCAGGAGCGCCACGAGCUCCGUGCGCCGCGGCUCCACCGUGCUGCCGUCCGUGCUGACGUUCCUGGUGAUCGUGGCGUCCGGAGGCCUGCUGAUGAUGAUCGAAAAGGGAAUGCUGAACGGCAUGGAGACGCCUGCUCCGCGGGGCAGCGGCAGGCGGACGGACCUCAUCCGGCAGAGACGCGGUCCGGGCGGCGUGGACGUGGAGGCGCAGAUCCUCCAGGAGAUCCGCAACCGGACCAUCAAGACGAUGUGCAGGCAGAGGAACAUGCCUCACAGCAUCUGGUCGCUGAGCCCGCUGCAGAGGAAGACGCUGCUCCAGCACGUCCUGGUGAAUGACGAGUACCGCUUCCUCUACUGCUAUGUGCCCAAGGUGGCCUGCUCCAACUGGAAGAGGGUUCUGAAGGUCCUGAGCGGAGCGCUGGAGAGCGUGGACGUCAACAUCAAGAUGGACCACCGCAGCGACCUGACCUUCCUGUCCUCUCUGAAGCCAGAGGAGAUCCGCUACCGCCUCAAGCACUACUUCAAGUUCAUGUUUGUGCGGGAGCCCAUGGAGCGGCUCCUGUCGGCGUACAGGAACAAGUUCGGAGAGAUCGAGUCCUACCAGAAAAAGUACGGCGUGGAGAUCAUAAAGAGAUACAGAAAGGGCCACGCUAAGGUCCAGUCUGUGAGAGGAGACGACGUGACCUUCACAGAGUUCGUCCGUUACCUGGUGGACGAGGACGUGGAGCGGAUGAACGAGCACUGGAUGCCCAUGUACAACCUCUGCCAGCCUUGUGCCAUGUCGUAUGAUUUCAUUGGCUCCUAUGAACGCCUUGAGAACGAUGCAGACUUUGUGCUGCAGCGCGUCAACGUGCCUCAUUUUGUUCACUUCCCCGAGAGGCAAACGUGGUACAAGCCGGUGACCACAGAGACCUUACACUAUUACCUGUGCAGCCUGCCGCAGAAGCUCCUGAGAGAACUCCUCCCAAAGUAUAUCCUAGACUUCUCCUUAUUCACGUAUCCUCUUCCCAACAUGACCGUGGAGCACUGCAGGCAUUGAGGAGCAGCGCCUCCGUUUGACAGACAAUCAUCUGUGCUGUUGGAACAGACUUCAAACCACUAAAGCUUGAAAAGUGUUUAAACCAGCCUUACAGGAUCUGUUACAACACAGUUAUUUUAGGACCGUAUUUUCCGUACCAUAGGGCGCACCGUAUUAUAAGAAAAAGGUGACAAAAGCAAACUAUUAAACUUUAUUUUGCUACUUAAAGCACUCUUAUUAUUUUUUAAAUCAAUCUUCUCCCGCGAAACCUCUUCAGUGUUGAAUGAAACAGCUGUAAUUCCAUCAUCAAA